AGUGGCUGAAGCUUGAGGUCUUUCAUUAGCAAUUUAAAAAAUUGCAUUUACUGGGCUUCAACUCUGCCUUGAUAGAUAAAGAGUGACUGCGAGAGACGUUCCCAAAACACGAGAAGCUGUCAGCCACAGGGACCACAGGGCACUGUUUGGAGCUCCCGUAGCGACAAGCUGGAACCAGGGAGAAGAAUGCUGGAGAAGAUUCAGAAGGCGCUCACGAUUCGAAGUGUCACCAUCAGAGAGCUGCUGGCAGAAGCGCUGGGGAUGUUCAUCCUCAUGGUCUUUGGCUUGUGUUCUGUGGCACAAGUGGUAUUAGGAAGAGGAGACUUUGGACAGCAACUGAGCAUCAAUUUGGCAUUUGGCAUUGGUGUUACCUUGGGUAUCCAUGCAGCUGGAGGAAUCUCUGGAGCUCAUCUGAAUGCUGCCAUCACCAUUACACACUGCAUUUUAGGAAACCUCCCCUGGAGAAAGCUCCCAGCUUAUGUGAUCGGCCAGUUCCUGGGCUCCUUUACAGCAGCAGCCACCGUCUUUGGCUUCUACUAUGAUGCUCUGUACAAUUACACCAGUGGGCACUUUACAGUGACAGGACCAAAUGCCACGGCAUCGAUCUUCUCCACUUACCCCGCUCCCUAUGUAUCCUUGCUCGGGGGCUUCUUCUCAGAGUUUUUGGCGACAGUGAUGCUGAUCCUGGGCAUUCUGAUCAUCCAUGAUGAGAAAAACAACGCAGCCCUGAAAGGCACGCAGGCCAUGCUCGUGGGUAUUGUGGUCCUGGGCAUCGGCCUAGGGAUGGGGAUGAACACAGGCUACGCCAUAAACCCUUCUCGGGACCUGCCCCCCAGAGUCUUCACAGCAAUUGCUGGCUGGGGAAUGGAUGUCUUCACGGCUGGACAUCACUGGUGGUGGGUUCCAGUCACAGCUCCGAUUCUGGGAAGUCUUGCUGGUGCUUUAAUCUACAAACUUUUCAUUGAUUUUCACAACCAACCUGUCCUGGAAAGUGGAAAUGAGAAAGGACAGCCAGCGUUGGAGUCUUCUACGCUGUGAUGGCCACACACUCCAAGGAAGUGGCCUGACAGCAAAGCCUAUGUGGGUGUAUGGACUCAUAGUCAACUGGCAACCAAGGGGAUAAGGGCUUGUGCAAUGGGGCAGCUGGAGCACACUCUUUCCAUGCCUCGCAGGUGGAGAAAUGAGGGAUUAGCCUUCAAUAAAGCUAUGUUUAACCAGACAAACUGGGUCUCUGAGACACAGGGCAGACACAGGUAGGGUUAGGCCUGUCUGUGACCCAAAGAAAUUGAUUGAUCUCCCUGUGUAAAAAUCUGUGAAAGAAUCCAAGCAUCGCAUCCUAGAGAAAAGCAAAGCUGCAAAUCUGGAGCUGCAAGACUCCAGAUACCUGUAUGGAAAUCAAAAUACAGGAUCUAGCAGUGGAAGAAACCUCUUAAUUAACUUAAUUGAAAGAAAUUCCAAUCUGGAAUAUUCUUCAGCAAGAGUUAGACAUUACACUGAUGGAUCAGGUGCCUAGGCUUGCUUCCGUUUGCCACUGCCACCCUGACACUUAGUUUGGCAGAACACAGGGAAAAGAAGAGCACGGACAAUCUGAAACUUGAACCUGAUUUUUUUCAUGCUUAGUUUUUUUCUUUCUUUUUCAUCUGAGCAUUUAGGAAGCACCAAAAAAAUUCGUGAACUAAACUACAAGGUUUCCUGAAUGCUGGCACAGCUCUGCUGGAAUAUGUUGCAUCAUGGAACUAUGUAGGUUACCGAUUAGACUUAUGAAAUAACUGCCACUGUAUGAAAGGAUUCAGAUAGCUUCUGUGGCAGCAUCCCCAAAUGCUCAAAGAAGCAAAAAGACCCCUCCUUCAUCCACUCUGAAUGCAUGAGAAAUAGCGAAUAGGCUGCCUAGGUCCUGCAGGAAUUGUGCCACCUUCAUCUAAAUGAGGAAUUGGACCAGCAACAGGUUUAUGAGUUUGAGACAUCAUUGGAUUAAAAGUAAAACAAUAUCAAUAAUAAUAUGCUGUCUAUUCCCAGCGGAGUGUGUGUGACAACAGUCUUAACUCUUUCAGAAAGUACAUAAGCAAGUAUGGUAUGUGUCAAGCAUAUGACUGCAUUCCCAGGGCUGGGUACCAUGAACAAACAACAGAGAUCUCACAGAGAGGCAAGUGAGAGAGAAUCAUUCCUGCACAGAAUUCCAGAGAAUGGCAUUUACUGGCUCUAAUAAUCAUUCAUAUCUCACUAUCAAAAGAAUUGCUACUGUAUCACUGUGGCAUGGGAUGGGAUAGUUGGCACUGAUAUCACUGCUUCCUCAUUAGUGCUGCUUUUAUAUUAGUAGAACAGCUGCAGCAGGUCUAUGGGCAGCAAAAGACAUGCAUCAGCUUAAGAGGGCUGAAGAGCAUCAGAAGAUUUUCUCUUGCUUGGGGGUGGCAGAAGGCAGCAGCAAUUAUACUUGACGGUGGGCCCUGGGCAGGGCCAGCAGCCAGCAAAGCACGCGUGGGGCUAAUGGCUACAGAGAUUUUGACCAGAAGUGGAACAGCUGUCACACAGCUGAGUCUUGGUCUACAUGAGCCAGGAA